AUGGCCGCCAUCAAAGCGCUGCCGCCCUCUUCGGCACACUUCUCAAGCGCCAAUGAUGAUGGCCUCGUCUGCCUCGAGCUCGAGGACGGCUCUGCCUACACUGGCUACAGCUUCGGAGCCCAGAAGAGCAUCGCCGGAGAGCUGGUAUUCCAGACGGGCAUGGUGGGGUAUCCCGAGUCUUUGACCGACCCUUCAUACCGCGGACAGAUUCUCGUCAUUACUUUCCCUCUUGUAGGAAAUUAUGGCGUGCCUUCUCGCGAGACAGUGGACGAGCUUCUCGGCGACCUGCCAGCUCACUUCGAGUCCUCCCGGAUUCACGUUGCCGGCCUUGUCACCGAUUCAUACUGUGGAGAGGACUUCUCCCACUUCCUGGCAACAUCCUCCCUGGGCACCUGGCUGAAGGAGCAGGGCGUACCGGCCAUGUAUGGCGUCGAUACCAGAGCCCUGACCAAGAAGAUUCGGGAAAAGGGCAGCAUGUUGGGCAGGAUGCGACUUCAGACGCUCAUCCAGACCAAUGGUGUCACCAAUGGCAUCGUCAAUGACACCCCGCUCGAGAAUUUCGCCGAAAUUGAAUGGGUGAACCCCAACCAGAAGAACCUCGUCGCUGAGGUGUCUGUCACGGCUCCUAAGCUCUAUAAGCCACCUACUUCCGUGGCCACCCGCAAGCACCCUUCAGGCCGAGCUAUCCGUGUUCUUUGUGUCGACGUUGGUAUGAAAUACAACCAGCUGAGGUGCUUCCUCAAGCGUGGUGUCGAGGUCAUGGUCUGCCCAUGGGACCACGACCUGGCCAAGGAGGCAGGCGACCAGUAUGACGGUCUCUUCCUUUCUAACGGCCCUGGCGACCCGGAGGUCCUCGAUGUUACCGUCAAGAACAUCCAGGCCGUCAUGGAAAAGAAUAGGACGCCUGUUUUCGGUAUCUGCUUGGGCCACCAGUUGCUUGCCCGUGCCUCUGGAGCCUCGACCAGCAAGAUGAAGUUUGGUAAUCGUGGUCACAACAUCCCCUGCACCAGCAUGGUAACCGGAAAGUGUCACAUCACCUCACAGAACCACGGGUUUGCCGUUGAUGCUAGUACUUUGACUCCUGGCUGGAAAGAGCUCUUUGUCAAUGCCAACGACGGCAGCAACGAGGGUAUUAUGCACGUUGACAAGCCAUACUUCAGUGUUCAGUUCCACCCUGAGAGCACGCCUGGUCCUCGCGACACCGAAUUUCUGUUCGACGUGUUCAUCAACACCAUUGUCAACUGUACCGAGGACCCCAAGCUCCUUCAGCAGCCCGUCAGCUUCCCAGGAGGGACCAUUGAGGAGAAUGAGCGGCUUCACCCUCGCGUCCCAGUCAAGAAAGUCCUUGUUCUUGGUAGCGGUGGUCUCAGCAUUGGCCAGGCUGGCGAGUUUGACUACUCUGGCAGCCAGGCCAUCAAGGCCCUCAAGGAAGAGGGCAUAUACACUGUCUUGAUCAACCCCAACAUUGCCACCAUUCAAACCUCCAAGGGUCUUGCCGACAAGGUUUACUUCUUGCCUGUCAAUGCCGAGUUCGUCCGAAAGGUCAUUCACUACGAACGGCCUGACGCCAUCUACGUUACUUUUGGUGGUCAGACUGCUUUGCAGGUCGGUAUUCAGCUCAAGGACGAGUUCGAGGGCCUCGGUGUCAAGGUUCUGGGAACUCCUAUUGACACCAUCAUCACUACCGAGGACCGUGAGCUCUUUGCUCGCAGCAUGGACUCCAUCGGCGAGAAGUGCGCCAAGUCUGCCUCUGCUAGCAGCGUGUACGAAGCCAUGCGGGUUGUCAAGGAUAUUGGCUUUCCCGUCAUUGUUCGUGCCGCUUACGCUCUGGGUGGUCUUGGCAGUGGAUUUGCGAACAACGAAGCUGAACUCCUCGACCUUUGUAACAAGGCUUUUGCCGCCAGUCCCCAGGUGCUUAUUGAGCGCAGCAUGAAGGGCUGGAAGGAAAUUGAGUACGAAGUUGUCCGAGAUGCGCAGGACAACUGCAUCACAGUCUGUAACAUGGAAAAUUUCGAUCCUCUGGGUAUUCACACCGGUGACUCUAUCGUCGUCGCCCCCUCGCAGACCCUGUCUGAUGAGGACUAUAACAUGCUGCGAACCACUGCCGUCAACGUCAUUCGUCACCUUGGCGUUGUUGGUGAGUGUAACAUUCAGUAUGCCCUGAACCCGUUCUCCAAGGAGUACUGCAUUAUCGAGGUCAAUGCCAGAUUGUCCCGAUCCUCAGCUCUUGCUUCCAAGGCUACUGGAUACCCCCUGGCUUUCAUUGCGGCCAAGCUAGGCCUGGGCAUUCCCCUCAAAGAGAUCAAGAACUCCGUCACCAAGGUCACAUGCGCCUGCUUUGAGCCUUCUCUUGACUACGUCGUCGUCAAGAUGCCUCGAUGGGAUCUUAAGAAGUUCACCCGUGUCUCUACUCAGCUGGGUUCUUCUAUGAAGAGUGUAGGCGAGGUUAUGAGCAUUGGUCGGUCAUUCGAAGAGGCCAUUCAAAAGGCCAUUCGAUCCAUUGACUUCCACAAUCUCGGCUUUAAUGAGACCAAAGCACUCAUGAGCAUUGACGAUGAGCUUCAGACACCUUCUGAUCAACGCUUGUUUGCUAUUGCCAAUGCUAUGCAUGAGGGCUACUCCGUUGACAAGAUCUGGGAGAUGACCAAGAUUGACAAGUGGUUCUUGCGCAAGCUUAAGGGCUUGAGCGACUUCGCCAAAGAUAUGAGCCGAUAUACCACAAAGGACAUUACCCGAUCUCCUAAUCUGCUGCUUCAGGCCAAGCGUCUCGGUUUCUGUGAUCGUCAGCUUGCCAAGUUCUGGGACUCCAACGAAAUUGCUGUUCGCAGAAUGAGACUCGAGGCAGGCAUCCGACCUUUUGUCAAGCAGAUCGAUACUGUUGCAGCUGAAUUCCCGGCUUUCACCAACUAUCUCUAUCUCACUUACAAUGCCAGUGAGCAUGAUGUCUCAUUUGACGAUCACGGUGUUAUGGUUCUUGGUUCUGGCGUUUACCGUAUUGGUUCUUCAGUCGAGUUUGAUUGGUGCUCCGUUCGUGCCAUUCGAACGCUGCGUCAAACCGGCUUCAAAACUGUCAUGGUCAAUUACAAUCCUGAGACCGUAAGCACUGAUUACGACGAGGCUGAUAAGCUGUACUUUGAGAAUAUUAACCUCGAAACCAUCUUGGAUAUCUACCAGUUGGAGGCUUCAAGCGGUGUUCUUGGAGCUAUGGGUGGCCAGACGCCUAAUAACAUUGCUCUGCCGCUGCACCGAGCAGGUGUCAAGAUUCUCGGUACCUCCCCUGAGAUGAUUGACAUGGCCGAGAACCGAUACAAGUUCUCUCGCAUGUUGGACCGUAUCGAAGUUGACCAGCCCACCUGGAGGGAGCUCACCAGCUUUUCUGAGGCUAGAGAAUUCUGCAAUGCCGUCAAUUAUCCAGUGCUUGUUCGCCCAUCCUACGUCUUAUCUGGUGCUGCGAUGAACACUGUCUACUCCGAGAAGGAUUUGGAAAGCUACCUAGCUCAGGCUGCCGAGGUUUCUCGGGAACACCCUGUUGUCAUCUCGAAGUAUAUUGAGAACGCCAAGGAGAUCGAGAUGGACGCUGUCGCAAAGGAUGGUGUGGUUGUCGGCCACUUCGUCUCUGAGCAUGUGGAAAACGCUGGUGUUCACUCUGGCGACGCCACUCUCAUCCUCCCCCCCCAGGACCUGGAACAAACCACAAUCGAGAGAAUUGAGGAGGCCACUCGCAAGAUCGGUGCUGCUUUGAACGUUACUGGCCCUUUCAAUAUCCAGUUCAUUGCAAAGGAUAACGACAUCAAGGUUAUUGAGUGCAAUGUCCGGGCUUCUCGAUCGUUCCCCUUUGUUUCCAAGGUCAUGGGUGUCGACUUGAUUGAGAUGGCCACCAAGGCCAUCAUGCACCAGCCCUUCCAGGAGUACCCUCCUACCAGCCUUCAGCCUAAUUGCGUUGGUGUUAAGGUACCCCAGUUCAGUUUCUCGCGUCUGUCUGGUGCUGAUCCAGUUUUGGGUGUGGAAAUGGCUUCCACUGGUGAGGUUGCUUGCUUUGGUGUAGACAAGUACGAAGCCUACUUGAAGGCUCUGCUGUCUACUGGUUUCAAGAUCCCCAAGGCCAACAUCCUUCUGUCCAUUGGCUCGUACAAGGACAAGAAGGAGUUGCUACCAUCCAUCCAGAAGCUCCAGCGCAUUGGCUACAAGUUGUUCGCUACCGCUGGUACUGCGGAUUUCCUCCAGGAGCACGGUGUUCAGGUUCAGUACCUCGAGGUUCUCGGGCGCGAUGAGGACAUCAACUCGGAGUUCUCCCUUACUCAGCAUCUGGCCAACAACAUGAUUGAUCUGUACAUCAAUUUGCCUUCGAACAACAAGUACCGCCGUCCAGCCAACUACAUGAGCAAGGGGUACAAGACUCGUCGUAUGGCCGUUGACUAUCAGAUUCCUCUUGUGACCAAUGUCAAGAAUGCCAAGAUUCUGGUCGAGGCCAUUGCUCGUCACGUCUAUCUGGAUGUUUCUAAGCGUGAUUUCCAGCUGAGUGAGCUGCCCCCUCCCCCGCCUGUCGUCUCCGCGAAAACUCCCGAGAUGAAGGCCUCCCUUCCAUCUAUCGGACAGGUUACCGAAAGCCCUCGACGACGAGGCGCCGAUGCUAUGCUCGCUUCACCCAUCCGUGGUGCUGGCCAUAUUGACGAGCUUGCCCUGCCCGCGGCCAUUCAGACUUCUGCCAUCAGCGCCUCUGUCCUCAAGCUCCUCUCGCAGCCUUCGGUCUUCAAGAACGCCAAUGUCUUGUCUGUGAAGCAGUACACCCGUGCUGAUCUGCAUUUGUUGUUCACUGUCGCUCAGGAAAUGCGCCUCGGCGUUCAGCGCGCAGGAGUUUUGGAUGUCCUCCGUGGUCGCGUCCUUUGCAGCGUUUUCUACGAGCCUUCUACCAGAACCUCUGCAUCAUUUGAUGCUGCCAUGCAGCGCCUGGGUGGACGCACAGUCUCCGUCCCCGCCACAAACUCGUCUGUCCAAAAGGGUGAAACUCUUCAGGACACUCUGCGUACUCUGGCUUGUUACAGUGACGCCAUUGUCCUCCGCCACCCUGACGAGAAGUCCGUGGACAUUGCUGAAAAAUACAGCGACGUUCCCGUCAUCAAUGCAGGCAACGGUAGCAAGGAACACCCCACCCAGGCUUUCCUGGACCUCUUCACCAUCCGUGAAGAGCUCGGUACUGUCCAAGGGCUGACUAUUACCUUCCUGGGUGACCUCCGAUACGGGCGUACUGUGCACUCCUUGGUCCAGCUGCUCCGCCACUACCAGGUCCAUGUACAACUGGUCGCUCCCAAGGGACUGGAGCUGCCCAAAGAUGUCAAGGACCAGUUGAUUGUAUCCGGCCAGCUACUUGGGGAGUCGGACACUCUGACUGCUGAGAUUAUUGCCCACAGUGAUGUCUUGUAUUGCACUCGUGUCCAGCAAGAGCGGUUCGAGACUGCCGAGCAAUACGAGAGAGUGAAGAACUCGUAUCGCGUGGAUAAUGCCACUCUCAAGCAUGCCAAGAGCCACAUGGUGGUGAUGCAUCCUCUACCGAGGAACGAAGAGGUGGCUGAGGAAGUGGACUUUGACCAGCGAGCGGCAUACUUUAGACAGGGGCCAAAUACUCUGUUCGCAAAUGAUUGGACGUGGAAGAAAAGUUCAAAAUGGAUCAACGGCGUAGACGAGGAUUUCAGUCAUUGUGUUCUUUUCGAUAGAAUUUACGUGCUUCAAGUAUGGUCUGAGUCUGGUGUCGUUGAGGUGCACAUGUCUUUCGACCUGGAAGAGUGGGACGACGGGUCCGUAGAGCGUAGCAUAGAUUACAUUUGGGGGGUGUUUGAGGGGGGUGUUUAUACAAGAAUUCUCAAAAUUCUGGAUUAUGUCGGGGAGCAUGGUCACACCUCAGUCUCCGGCCAUGACACGGAGGGCCGUAUCCAGGUUGAUAGUCGCCGCGGCCGUGUUGCCAACAACACCAACAACUACCCUGCCCUCAAGGACGGCUGGUCAACGCGCAUCUCGUCCGUCAUCCGCGACGACUUUGUCCUCCGGGACGGGCAUGCCACGGCGCACCUGACGCUGGGCGACGCCGUCGGCCACCGCACCGGCGUGCCGAGCCACGACAUCUCGCUGGCGACGUACCCCGGCUCCGACUCCAGCACGCCCGUCAGGCACGCCGUCGAGACCGUCACGGGGACGUCGUUGCGAGAGACUCUUGACAGCGUCAUCCGGGCCCCGCUGGGGAUGAAGUCGACGUUUCUGGACGUGGACAGCGCCGGGGCGGAGCACGUCGCCAUGCCCUUCAUCGCCACGGCCGAGAUCUCGGGCGCGGGGGCCGUCAUUUCCAGCGUGGCCGACUACGCGAGGUGGGUAAAGGCGCUGCUGAAGAAGGGCGCGUUUCUAUCCGAGGCCACGCACGACGACAUUGUCCGGCCGCGCUUCAUUUCCAUGGCGGUUUCCAUGGCGGAGCCGAGCAAGGGCGCCGACGUGACGACGUACGCGCUGGGCUGGUUCCGGACGAGCCUGCACGGCGAGAGGACCAUCGCCCGCGAUAUAUCCAAGUUGCGUUGA